AACCCUGCGUGGUCCUCUUCUUUUUGCUGUCCACAAGCAAGAUGCCAGGCGGUGGUGUUACAAUGAAAGAUGUCAACCAGCAGGAGUUUGUCCGUGCGCUGGCAGCCUUCCUCAAGAAGUCAGGGAAGCUGAAGGUGCCGGAUUGGGUUGAUAUCGUUAAACUGGCCAAGCAUAAAGAGCUGGCUCCCAGUGAUGACAACUGGUUCUACAUCAGAGCUGCCUCCACAGUUCGUCACCUGUACCUUCGCGGAGGUGUUGGUGUGGGUGCUAUGAUCAAGAUCUAUGGGGGGCGUAAGAGGAACGGCGUGUGCCCUGCUCACUUCAGCGUGGGCUCCAAGAACGUUGCCCGCAAAGUGCUCCAGGCCCUGGAAGGCCUUAAGAUGGUGGAGAAGGACCCCAACGGCGGGCGUAGACUGACCUCUCAGGGGACCAGAGACCUGGACAGAAUUGCUGGGCAGGUCGCCGCUGCAAGCAAGAAAUCUUAAAAUGUAAAAUAAACUUUUGUGGAAAAACUCAA